AUGGUCGCUGCCAUCCAGAUCACCUCCCCCUCCAAGAACGACGUUCUCGACCUCUCGGCCGGCGUCAAGGUCGAGUGGUCCACCGUCAACACCGACCCUGACUCGGCCCACCUCUUCCUCGUCAACAUGGCCUCGGGCCACACCCCCUACAACAAGGACCUCGGUGAGGUCGACCUCUCGACCGGCUCCAUCGUGAUCACCGAGAAGGACGUCCCCGAGGACGGCGCCUUCCAGUUCAACUUCCAGAGCGUCAAGCAGAACAACAUGGGCAUCCUCGCCCAGAGCGAGCAGUUUGAGAACAAGAAGGAGGAGGGCAAGGACAAGGACGAGACCACCACCAAGGCCACCACCACCACUGGAGGUGCCAAGACCACCUUGACCACUGCCACCACCGCUGCUACCGCCGCUACCACCACUGGCGCCGAUUCCGAGGACACCGAUGAUGAGGAGACCGAGACCAGCAGCACUUCUACUGGCACCUCCACCGGUACCGCUGCUGCUGCUUCUGGCACUUCUUCGGAGACCCCUGAGAGCGGUGCUGCUGGUCUUGCUGUCAAGGGCACCAUGCUCGCCCUCGUUGCUGGUGUCUUGGCUGUCGUUGCCUAA